UUGGAAUCCUGCGAAGUUACACUUCUCUUCAUCGUUUUCAUGCCUCGCUUUUCACUUCCAGAUGAGGCAUUGAAACAUAUUACGAAGACGUCCCACUAGAGACGUGUCGUAGUCUCUAGGAAUCUAGGCAUCUAGUUCGCUUUAUCACGAAUGAUAGCUUUUCACACACUGAUAUCAUGCUAUUACAUAGUACCUUGAGGAUUGAUGCAUUCAUUCGGAAUAACUCUAUAUAAGGCGACAGAUCAUUCGGUGUUUAGGAGCAAGUAGGAAGAAAUCAACAACCUAGUCUUGUUCAGCUGAGUCGAUAUAUAUCAUAUCUUUCUUAGAGCAGUUCCAGUUCUUCAUUUUCGAAUAUGAAAUUCCACGCCAUUCUUUCCGGUCCCGUCCUCAUAGCCAGUUCCACUCUGGCUUUGAGAGGUCCACUUCUACGGGUUGACUCAACAGGUCCUGUGCUCACCACUACCACUGUGCUGACCGCCCAGAUCCCUUCUCCAGCUGCAGGCUUUUCGUCUUCAUCCGUCGCAGUUCCUGUCCCUGUGCCAAGCGGUUCCCAGGGCAUUGGUCCAAAGUGUGGUAAAGGGUAUACAUACUGUGGCUACAUGCUCACCGCAAACGGUCAUAACUUCGCACCUAACGAUAUCAGUAAGGCUUACUGCAACGGUCUCUCCGAGCUUUGCACGAACGGCAAGCCCAAGACAGAUGUUUCCCAAGCUGUCUUCGUCUGCAUGAACGAGCAGCCGUCCAGCGUUGAGCUCUUAUGCGCUUGUAGCAGCAAAUGCCGCAACGAUGCCGAAAGCAAUUUCAUCGCCCACUGUGACAAGCCUUGCAUCAACGCAUGAAUACGCGGAAGUAUUCCAGCAAAUACGGGAGGGGUUUAAACGGGAGUUUGCUCAAACCUGCACCUGUUAGGAUGAUCGGAGUGUGCUCAAUGUUUUAACACGAGCUGGAGCUAUAAUGAAUGCAACGUCGCUCGUUAGUUACAUGUAAUCCGAAUUCUCUUCUAUUCAUUAGCCUAUUUUCUCGAUAAUCCCCUGGCUUUCAUCGUAAGAUCCAGUCAUUGAUGAUUAAUGGCCCCAGUGUGUUGGCGCAUGGCUAUAGAGAAUCGUAAAGGGUGAAUGACAUAUAGAGAAAAUUGAUAGGAUCGAUAUGCUUGUCUCGAAAUAAUGAAAAUCAUAUGUCUGCAAUAUCCAUGGCUCUUCUCGCUCUAUAAGCCCCUUUAACACUAUGGAUGCACGUGAUGUCUCAACAUUUUUCUAGUUGAAGAUGUUGGUAGUUAGAAUUCAAAAAGUCUCCUGUUGCGCU